AAACAUGGGGACGGCAAGCUAGCAGGCUAACAGGCUAAAUGUCAUUAGAGGACAGGACAUGCUGUGACUCCAGAUCAGUGUCAAACAGUUGCAGCAACAAUGUUGCCCUCAACCAGCAACUUAAUGAGGAGUGCUGUGAGGCUGCUACCUCGGAGUACCUGGAGGCCAGGAUGUGUGUGGUGUCUCUGCAGAAACAUUUCAGUGAAACCUGGAGGUCUAAAACCAAAAACUGUCCCACCUCGAUACCUGGGUCAGCCCAGUCCUUUCACCCACCCACACCUUAUUAAACCAGGUGAGGUGACUCCAGGUGUGACCCAAACUGAGUUCGAGCUCCGCAGACACAGACUGGCCUCUCUCAUCGAAGUCCAGGCUGAUAGAUUUGGACCAUCCAUCUCCUCAGGGACUCACGUGGUCGUCAUUCUGUCUCACCCGACACGCUACAUGACCAAUGACAUCCCCUACCACUUCCACCAAAACCAGGACUUCCUGUACCUGAGUGGUUUUCUGGAGCCCGACAGCGCUCUGGUUCUUUACGGUAAAGGUCGACCAGACCAGGCGGCGCUGUUCGUCCCUCGCAGAGACCCGGGGAGGGAACUGUGGGACGGAGCACGCUCAGGGAAGGAUGGGGCGUCUGCUCUGACUGGCAUAGACAGGGUUCACUGCACAGAUGAGCUGGGGAUGGUGCUCAAGAGCCUGAAAGGGACUUUGCUUUGGUAUGACAGCUCACAGCCCGCUCACCCUCGCCUUCAUCAGACCCACCUGGCACCUGUCCUGGAGGCGGGGCCAAUGCCACGUUCGGUCCGACCCCUCAUUCACUCUCUGAGGGCCCUGAAGAGUUCAGCAGAGGUGGAGCUGAUGCAAGCAGCUGGUCACAUCACAGCUCAGGCAUUUAGGAGGACGAUGUCUUUCUCUCGUGGAGACGUGGACGAGGCUGUUCUCUUUGCUGUGUUUGAUUUCGAGAAUCGUCUCCAUGGUGCAAACUUCCUGGCCUAUCCUCCGGUCGUUGCUGGAGGGAAUCGAGCGAACACUCUCCACUACAUCAACAACAAUCAGAUCAUCAAGGAUGGUGAGAUGGUGCUGCUGGACGGGGGUUGUGAAUAUUUUGGCUAUGUCAGUGAUAUCACCCGCACAUGGCCCGUCAACGGAAGGUUCUCUCCGGCUCAGGCCGAGCUGUACGAAGCCGUCCUGGAGGUGCAGCGCUCCUGUUUGUCACUGUGCUCACCUGGUGUCAGUCUGGAUCACAUCUACAGCACAAUGCUGGCUCUGAUUGGGCGACAGCUCCGGAGGCUAGGCAUCAUCCCAUCCAGCUCUAGUGAUGCUGAGCUAUUAAAGGCUGCUCGAAGAUACUGCCCUCAUCAUGUUGGACAUUACCUGGGCAUGGACGUCCACGACACACCUGAGCUGUCCCGCUCACAACCUCUGCAGCCGGGAAUGGCCAUCACCAUCGAACCAGGGUUGUACAUAAGCGAGGACAAUGAAGAGGCUCCAAAGCGUUUCCGUGGUCUGGGCGUGAGGAUCGAGGACGACGUGGUGAUCCGGGCUGAAGGAGGUCCACUCAUAUUGUCCUCUGAAGCUCCAAAGACCAUUGCUGAUGUGGAGAAAGCCUGCGCUCACAGAUAGGACAGGUGCACAGGUGAGCCACAGCACCCAGCGUCUUUGUGGUGAUGACUUCAUCAUGCUCAGCGCUCAGGUACAAGAAAGGUGGGACGCUGUAGGACUCUGAUCCAGUCUGCACAUAAAGAAUCGACAUGAUAAAGAUCAACCUGCUGAGACAUCAUAGAGAACAAACCAGAUCAUUGAACAAGUUGCUGUCCUUCAUAAAAUACCUCUAAAACCUACACACCUGAGGGGUUUACCAUAAGGUGAGCUCAAAAUACCCACCCUUUCUUAAAGGUCACAUAUCAUGCAAAAUUCAGUUUUUAGGUUUUCUGGCUAUAAUAUGUGCCCCUGGCCUGUCUGCAAUCCCCCCAAGAACCAGAACUCCCCUCUCUUUCUCCACCUUUCUGAAAAUGUGUGCUAAAACAAGCUGUUCUCAGAUUUUCCCCUCAUGACGUCAUUUGGGGAGUUAGCCACGCCCCCAGGUUCAGUGUGCCCUUCCCACAUGGAAGAAAGUUCUGCCCUCCUCUCCUUAUCCUCCUCUUAAGCCACACCCAUUUCAGGAGAGGGGUGGAGUCAGGGGCAGAGCCAGACAGCUCAUUAACAUUUAAAGCCAUAGACACAGAAAUGGCUCUUUCUAAGCUGAGCUGAAACAGAGCGUUUUUAGACAUGCUAAAAUCCAGUACUGAAGUGUUUUUUUCAGCAACAAACUUCACAGGCAUGUUUUGGGGACCUCUCAGACCAACAAAACUUGUCUUAAAGUGGCAAAAUAUGUGACCUUUAACAAAAUAAGCUCAAUAAAGCCAAAGCUUCGGUCAGAGAGUUCAAGCAUCAUAAAGAUUGGUUUUCUGUUUCAUGGAAAAGAUGUUAUUAAGCACGUCAUUUCAUGCUUCUUCUACACAAAAAAAAUUACAAUAACUGGCCGUCUGCUUCCGUCAGAGUGAAAUACUAGAAGAGACAAUGUAUGUAGCAAAAGUUGCUGCUGUAAAAAUGUCAAGAAAGAAUAGAAAAACCUGCAAUAUUAUUAAUUAGCUGAUCUCGCCAUUUGACAGUCAGUGCUUCUUACUUGUUUCUAAACAAAACUUCACACUGUACAGCUUUUGAACUUUAACAAUAAUAUUCAUGAUUCUAGCAGUAUAACCUGGAGCUGUGAUUAGAUCUGAUAGACUUUCAUGCUAUUAAAAGAUAAGUGGAAACACAAAGUCAAAUGACUCUAUUAAAAUUAUUUAAAACAUUGUGAUACCUGAAGACUUAUCUUUUUAUUAUCUGUGUUUUUGCUUUUAAACCAGGUAUUUUCAUGAUAUUAUGACCAAAUAUAAAACACUAGUUUCUUAAGAUGCUUUGUUGCCAUUGUCCUCUACUGUAAAGAUGAUCUACUGAAAUUAAACGUGAAUACAAACCAUAAAAACAAGAGUGGUGUGUACAGUAUGAGUUACUGUAAUUGUACGGCUUCACUAAACGUAAUAUUACGAUUCUAAAAGUUUCCAUAAACAUAUUCCUGAUGAUCAUUUUUGCAUGCAGAGAACAUUCCCAGGUAUUAAUACAUUUUAAAACCAUACAGCCACAACUCCGACUUUAAGUCCUACAAACCAGCCUUACCCAUAGUGUUAAACCCCUCAGGUUUGUCUUACACUCAAAUCAGGAUGUUGCAUAAAAACAAGCAGAUGAGCAUUGAUCUGUCCUGUGAUGAUCAGAUAAGCGGACCUUCAUGUUUGUGUUUAAAUCUGAUGAAUAAAGAUAAAUCUGUCAUAAAGAGAGGAUAUUUAAACAUGGAUGAUGAAAGAUAAGACUGAGACUGCAGAGAAGUUUGUGUGAUGUUGUUUGGGAAUUUCCUCCUUCCAGAACAAUGUGAUGUCUCUUAU